AAACAUAGACCUGUCAAACAACACAAACGCCAUCUUGACAGCUCGCUCAAAAUGGCAGAAAGAUGUGAGCUCAAAACCGGGCCCAAACUAAUAUACCCGCUCACUGUUUUCUGAAAUCAGAAUUGACAGUUUUUCCAUAUACGAGCGGACAUGGGGCUAGUGUCCAGUUUGGCAGCAAAGAGUCUGUAAAAUGGAUAUAACCACGGCGGUUUUCAACGCGGCCAGAGAUGGUAAGCUGAAACUUAUCCAGAAGUUGCUGAGCAACAAAACUCCAGAGGAGCUGGAGGCGUUAGCCGAGGAGAAAACCCAGGGAGGAACCCCUCUCCUAAUAGCCUCUCGAUACGGACACUUGGAGGUCGUAGAUUACCUUCUUGAACAUUGUAAAGCUAAUGUGGAACUCGGCGGGGCGGUCAACUUUGACGGCGAGACUAUCGAGGGGGCUCCGCCGCUGUGGGCAGCGUCUGCAGCCGGUCACCUGCCUGUGGUGAAGACUCUACUGAAACAUGGUGCCUCAGUUAACAACGCAACACUAACCAACUCAACGCCGCUAAGAGCCGCCUGCUUUGACGGACACCUGGAGAUAGUUCGCUACCUGGUGGAGCACAGAGCCGACAUGGAGGUAGCCAACCGCCACGGCCACACCUGCCUCAUGAUCUCCUGCUACAAGGGACACAAGGAGAUCGCCAAGUUCCUCCUGGACCGCGGAGCUGAUGUCAACCGCAAGAGUGUGAAAGGGAACACUGCCCUGCAUGACUGUGCUGAGUCAGGCAGUCUGGACAUCAUGAAGAUGCUACUCAAGUGCAAUGCUCGCAUGGAGAGGGAUGGAUACGGGAUGACCCCCCUCCUGGCUGCAAGUGUCACAGGUCACACCAACAUUGUGGAGUACCUCGCUCACCAGCCUCGUACCUCCAGAGAGGAGCGCGUUGAUGCACUUGAACUCCUUGGGGCGACUUUUGUGGACAAAAAGCGGGAUCUCUUGGGGGCAAUGAGGUACUGGAGAAGGGCGAUGGAGCUGAGGCAGCCAGGGGACAAAGUUGGGCUGCUGUCCAAACCCCCACCUGGUCCUCCUAUCCCUGCUUAUGGCUGUGCACAGGAGGUGAACACUGCAGAGGAGCUGGAGGCUUUAAUCACUGACCCUGAUGAAAUGAGAAUGCAGGCCUUGUUAGUGCGAGAGCGCAUCUUGGGGCCUUCCCACCCAGACACCUCUUACUACAUCCGCUACAGGGGAGCUGUGUAUGCAGACUCAGGAAACUUUGAACGCUGUAUCAGCCUGUGGAAGUACGCUUUAGACAUGCAGCAGAGCAACCUCGAUCCACUCAGCCCCAUGACGGCCUCGAGUUUCCUCUCAUUUGCAGAGCUCUUCUCUUUUGUCCUACAAGACCGCGCCAAAGGCACCCUGUCCACUCGCAUCACCUUCCAUGACCUGAUGACUGUGCUUGGGAAAAGUGUGCGUGAGGUGGAGAGAGCUGUGGUCCAGAGGGACAACCCCCCUGAAGCUCCUCAGUUCACCAAAGCACUCUCCAUCAUCCUGCAUCUCAUCUUCCUGCUGGAGAAGCUGGAGUGUAGCCAGGAGCAGGAGCACCAGAAGAAGCACACUGUGUAUCGCCUGCUGAAGCUGAACCCUAGAGGUCGGAGCGGCUUCACCCCUCUCCACAUGGCUGUAGACAAGGAGACCACCUCUGUGGGACGCUACCCUGUAGGCCGCUUCCCCUCCCAGGCAGUUGCAGCGCUGCUCUUGGAGUGCGGUGCAGAUGUCGACUCACGUGACUGCGAGAACAACACACCGCUGCACAUCGCUGCCAACAAUGGUUGUCCAGAGAUUAUGGCAUUACUCAUGAAGGCAGGGGCGCACUUUGAUGCCACAAAUGCACAGAGGAAGACGGCCUAUGAGCUGCUGGACGAGCAGAGCAGUGGGCACCCAGCCCUCUACCCGCUGAACUAUGUAACCCUACAGUGCCUGGCGGCACGUGCAAUUGAAAAGCACAGACUGCCAUACAGGGGACUGAUCUCUGAGGAGAUGGAGGCUUUCAUUGAGCUGCACUGACAUCCACUUUGCUCCCCUGAUGAGCCCUGCACUACUCCUCUGUUGUCCUACAUAUCUUUCUCUAACCUGCCACAAAUCCCCAUCUUUAAUCUUCUUUUGACAUCAGCUUUGCUUCUAGCCUUUCCCACCUUGUGUCAGACCAAACAAUAGCAAUAAACAUCCAGCUUCUCAGCUCAAACCUCUGCCUGAGCUCUGGUCAGUUAUCUCUCGAUUCCUGGUUUCCUCUGCUUUUCAAAUCUAGGUGAAACUUUGACCUGACGGAAGCUUUAUCAUGUUUUCCCUCUUUCUAUCCCACUAAAAAGGAGGUUUGUGAUAUGAUGGUGCUAUUGUGUGUAUGGUGGUGGCCGGACUGCAUGGAAGAUGGGUCUUAAUUGCACAGGUUGAAAGCAUCUGAUCAAACUACUCAGAUAACAUGCAUGAAAAAGAAGAGUAAAAAUGGUUGUGCAGAAAGAAACGAUGUGUGUACAAACUCGCUUUAGGUAAUUUUUUUGUUCACAUUCACCAUCUGCUCCGUGUCUUUGAUAUGGGAGGGUGCUGCAUUUAUUGUGCCAAAUAUCAGACAGGGAGCUGUUACAGACUGUAAACUGGAGGCAAAAGGAAAUGCAAUUAGCUAAUCUGUCCUAAUUAUGAGCAGAAGUGUUAGCCUAAAGGUGAGAGAUAAAGUCAAUCUUACAUUUCCAGAAGAUCAGCAGCUUAAGCAGUUUGAUAUUUCAGAUUGGGACAUGAUUUAUCAGCGCUGCAGAGCCAUCGUUUUGAAAAAGGGAGACUGAUAUCUCUUUGAGUUCAUGAAAAGAGCUCAUUGCUUGGCUAACACUUCCCCCUGUCUCCACACAGAUUUUUGUAACCUAUGCAGUUUGUUAUAUUUCAAUCUGAGGCAAACAUUUUCAAGCAUGGAUUAGCUAUAUUAGCAGAUUUAUUCUUUCCUCAUUACAUGCUUACUUUAACAGGAUAAUGACUCAAACCUGGGGCUGCUUCAGUUACGAAGAAUCUUAUCUUCUUAGAAUGUUUUCCUAAAACGCCUGCCUACCUACAAAGUGUACAGUUUUUAACCUGAGCCUAAAGUGUGCCUAAAUUCCCUGAUCCUUGCCAGAGUUAACAGCGACAAAGAUAUAACUUCACUGUCAAAGAAGCAGCUCCAAGGGUGAUCAUUUCAGAGAUGAAUCCCUCUUGUUUCCAAGUGAACUGUCAGAGAGCAAGUGUCAGUUCUGUUUUUUUUUUUUUUUUUUAAAUCAUCUUUUAACCUCGGAUGUGGUUCACAGAAAUGGAACAGACGGCUCUGUUGCAGCCAUAGCUGCAUCUGCGUCUUAUUUUUAAUGGUCUCUCUUUUGUUUACCCUCUGUCAUCAUGAAUGUUUCAUUUGUCUGACUGUGCUAAGCACCGCCGAGUUGAAUGCACACUGAGAGGCUCUAAAUCCCAAACAGACAAACUUGCAUUCAGGCCACGAACUGUCGCUGCCUUUCUCCUUUUCAACUGAUUCAUUUAACUGAUAACUCCAGAACAAAAAGUGUGUUGGGGAUACUUGAAUAAAAUUCAGUGUCGCAACAUUA